AUAUAACUUAAUAACCGUCUGGCUUUUAAUUACAUGAUAUAUUAUUGACGUAUCCCACGGUAAUAACACCAUGAAACAUAUCAUUAGUACUGCCAUCUUCCAUAAGUCACAAAUUUCUACAGCAGAUAAGUAUUUUUUUUCAUGAUUGUCUCUAAAAGAAAUUUUCAAUACGGUUCAAUUGAUUAUAACAGUCUUUGAAAUUCUCAAUUUAAUUUUGAUAAGGAACUACAAAUUAAUGAUUUUAAUGUGACUUAUGCCCGCAAAAGGAAUGUAUAGGUAAAUAGAAAUGAAUCUAUACACUAAACUUACAACACAUGUCAUUAAAGUUAAAUCUAUAGAGUACCUUGUAAGGUAUUUAAAAUGAGUGCAGAUGAAAAAGUAUUAUUAAUUCGAUCUAAAGUAAAUUUGGUGCAAUUUGAAAAUCCGGUAUUGAUAUCCAACCAGGCAAAACAAGAUACAUAUUCUGCUAAAAACAAUGCUCAUCCAAUGGAAUCUGGUGACGAUGUGGACGAGUGCGAUCGACAGAGUUGUGAUGACGUUUUGAACAGCAUAUUACCACCAAGAGAAUGGGAAAAGGACGGUAAAACAUUUCGUCAAUGUAUAUCCAACAAACCAGCUACCGAAAUCAAUGUUAAAAAACUCAAUGAGAAGUUUGAUACACUUUUGAAACAAUAUAAUGCUAAGGAAGUUGGAAUUUGCCCGAUCAAGCAAGAAUUAUACAGACAAUGUUUCAAUGAAGUAAUUAGACAAGUAACGUUAAACUGUACGGAACGGGGUCACAUGUUAAUCCAAAUUCGCGAAGAAAUCCAGAUGACUAUCGAUGCUUAUAAAGAACUGUACGAAAGCGUAUUAGCUAAUGGGAUUCGAAAGUUAUUACGGAGGGAACACAUAAAAUCCGAUUUAUCAAUCAGAGCGAAACAGCUGACUUCCGAAAACGAAAAUUUAGAGAUCGAGCUAGCCGAAAUUUAUUCUAUGACAGAGAAGCUUGAACGUGACGCGGCCGAACAGCGUGACGCGGCAAUCAAACGCCAAGCCGAAGAGUUGGCAUCUCUGAAAAAAUCCAAUCAACUGAUUAAAAUUCAAUUGGAGUCAAUCAUCUCCCCGAAAAGAGUAUAAAACCAAAACAGCUGCCGAAAACAUAAUACCCUAUACCUAAAGUUAUGUAUAGACUGUAAAAGAACAGGAUGAUGUGUGAUUGCAACAUAUUGUUCAUAUUAUUAUAAUGGCAUAAAUAAUAAAAUACAUUUUCGAUGUGCAUAAUAUAUUAUAUACCAACCUCUAAAA